AUUUUAUUUAUUUGACUUUCCAAUUCCUUCCUUACCCUCUACUGUUUUCUGAAGAGAGUGCCACAGUCUUUGCUUUUAUAGCUAGCUUCCUUGUUUAGUAUUUCUAUCUUUCUUUCCUGACGUCCCUCUUUCUCAGCCAUGGAUGAACUUAUCAUCUCUCCUUCUUCAUCGUCUUCACUGGUUUCUUUGUCCCAUGAAACUCCGGCGACGCUGACUAUCCAACAGAAGCUCCAGUUUGUGAUCCAGAGCCAGCCCGAUUUGUGGGCUUAUGCUAUUUUUUGGCAGACGUCGAACGAUGAUCAUGGCCGCAUCAUUUUGGGUUGGGGAGAUGGCCAUUUUCAGGGGAGUAAAGAUGCCUCUCCGAAGCUGAGUGCAUCUGUUGUGGAUAUUCCGGGGAUAAACUCUGAGAGAAGGAAGGUCAUGAAAGGGAUCCAAGCCCUCAUUGGAGAGAACCACGAGCUCGAUAUGUCGAUGAUGGACGGCAGCGACGUCACUGACGCCGAGUGGUUCUACAUCAUGUCCUUGACGCGGUCUUUCUCUGCCGGAGAUGGCAUUCCGGGUAAGGCUCUCAGUACUGGAUCUCUUGUGUGGCUCACGGGUGCACAUGAAUUGCAGUUCUACAACUGUGAGAGAGCCAGAGAAGCCCAAAUCCACGGCAUUGAGACCAUCGUUUGUAUUCCGACCUCUUGUGGGGUGGUUGAAUUGGGUUCUCUGGAAAUCAUCAGGGAAAAUUGGGGUUUGGUACAGCAGGUGAAAUCCAUGUUCGAGUCAGAUCUCAUCGGCUUGGUACCGAAGCAAUCGAAUCUCAACCCGAAUUUAACACCGACACCGAUCCAAUUCCUUGACAGAAACAUCUCUUUUGCCGAUAUCGGCAUAAUCGCCGGCGUAGAAGAGGAAGAUGCAACCUAUGAAGAUAGAACCAAAGAAAAUCACACCCAUCUCAAGAAAGAAUCCAUAAAAACGGGACAACCGUGCUAUGUGGACUCUGAGCAUUCAGAUUCCGACUGUCCUUUAGGAGCUGCUAACAACAUAGAGAAGAGAACUCCAAAGAAGCGUGGGAGAAAACCGGGGCUUGGCCGCGAGACGCCGCUGAACCACGUGGAGGCGGAGAGGCAGCGGCGAGAGAAGCUGAACCACCGAUUCUACGCGCUGAGAGCCGUCGUCCCCAACGUGUCGCGAAUGGACAAGGCAUCCCUCUUGUCCGACGCCGUUUCCUACAUCAACGAGCUCAAGGUAAAAAUCGAAGAACUUGAAUCUCAACUGCAGAGGGAGUCCAAGAAAGUGAAAGUGGAGAUGACGGACACCACAGAUAAUCUCAGCACUACCACUUCCGUUGAUCAGACCCGUCCUAGCAACUCCUCCGGCGGCAGCAGCAGCAACAGUAGCCUUGAAGUGGAGACCAAGAUCGUGGGAAACGACGCCAUGAUUAGGGUUCAGUCGGAGAAUGCAAACUAUCCUGGCGCUAGAUUGAUGGGUGCGCUACGGGAUCUGGAGUUGAAGGUCCACCAUGCGAGCAUGUCGUGUGUCAACGAGCUUAUGCUUCAAGAUGUAGUGGUUAGGGUUCCUGAUGGGCUUAGAACCGAAGACGGACUCAAAUCUGCUCUCCUCGGAAGACUAGAACAGUAAGAUUAAACUAGUUUAAUCAAUUAAUUCCUCAUAAUAUUAGCAAAAUGCGUGUGUAUUUCCUAGUAAAUCUUAGUUUCUAAAGUCUUUUAUAUAUCAGAGCUGAUACGAUCAAUAUUAUUGUAAUCAUAAGGAGAUAAAAAGAUCGAGCAGCUCUUGAGCAGAUUAAUGUUCAGUGACUUCAGUCCAUGGAUCAAUCUUUAAGCCUAAAUAAGAAUUGCAAAGUUUU